AUGUGCUACUUCGUCCCAACAGCUAUGGGUUCGUGCCUGUUUAGCAGCGCAUCCAGUGGCUUCUGGGUCGGGGGUAUCUUUCGUCACGUCUGGGUGCUGCACAUGACGUGGAUGGUCAACAGCGUGGCGCACUUUCUUGGCUAUAAACCGUACGACCUUAAGAUUCGUGCUGUUGAAAACCUCUUUGUUGCGCUUGGUGCGCUCGGCGAGGGCUAUCACAACUACCACCACAAGCUGUGUGGCACAAGGUGA